UAAUAUAUAUCCGGCUCCAGGCUGGCCAGGAAUGUUGGCUGUCAGGUCAAGCAGUUUUAAAGUAGAAGAUUUAAAUCUUAAAUGAUGCAUAAUGGCAAAAAAUCGGACGACAGGGUUUAUCCUCCCCGUGUGGAGACUGUGUAACCUCCUAAUGUCGGCGUUCUUCGCUUUAGCAACUUACGUGCAGAUAAACGACCCCGACGCUGGACUGUGGAUGGUGGGAUACGCUGUUCCAGCGGGGUUGUGUCUUUUAAUCACCUGUCAACCACAAAUAACAGAGACGCGGCCAUGGAGGAGAACAGCCGAUUUACAUGUGAUGAUGGCCACUGGGUUUGGGGCUAUGUUGGGCUGGACACUCUAUAAAGAGAGUGUCACACACAUAUUCCAUCAGGAGGAAGGAAGGGAGUUUUGUGGCCUGAUGCUGACGGUGCUCUGGCUGCUGUUGUGCCGACACUCUGGACGAGGCGGUGUUGGUGUUCUGAGGCUGUGUACAGCUGUUGGCAUCACUGUGUUCCCCUUCGUGGCCUGGAUCUACUACUACAUCAACAAAGAGCUGAGGGCAGACUGGCCUUCACACUGCACUACUGCACUGUGACCCACAGCCUUUAACACAGUUUAACCGCAACUGUGGCCCAUCAGGCAUGUUUAGCGUGCUUAAAAGCAAGCACACAUUAUGUUUAAUGAGUGAAGGGCCAGUAUAUCUUGGUUAGUGUUUGCAUCAUUUCAGGCUGAAUUUGGUGCUGAUAAGUCACGGUGCUGCUUUGAAGUGAAAAUCUUUAUAUAAAGCUAUGGAACAAAUGAACGAACCUAUGUAUCACUUUAUCCUAGAUUAAUUCUGUGAAUAUUAAGCGAUUUGUCAUACAUAUUAAUAAAACAUUGCACAUGUUUUCCUUGA